AUGAGCGACAGACAGGGCGGACAUCGCCAGAGCCAUGGCCGUGGCCGUGGCCAGGGUGGUGGGCGUGGUCGAGGACGAGGACGUGGACGUGGACAGCAUCGCGGUGGCAAGCAAGUUUUCGAAAGAAGCUCGGCGCAGAGGCAUCAUGACACUCCUACUGAUACCCCUUCACCGAUGGAUGUGGAUGAGACGCCUCCGCCGACAUUUGACUCAAAACCGCCUCUGACCGAAGCUGUACCUCUCGACACUCCGCGAUUUGCUGAUCUUGAUGCGCAGCACCUUCAUCCCUCACUCACCCAAGCCAUCACGGAAGAUCUCAAAUUCGACCACAUGAUGCCAGUUCAGGCCGCAACUCUAUGGGAACUCUUACCCCCUAACCGUCACGACUGUCUUGUCCAAGCCAGGACCGGCACAGGCAAAACUGUUGCUUUCUUACUGCCCGCCCUUCAGAACAUGAUCACCAAAAAGCAACCCGGAACCUCAACCAUCUCCCUCCUGGUUAUUUCACCAACCCGUGAGCUGGCAUUACAGAUUGCACAGGAAGCCACAUCUCUACUGCAGAGGCUACCAAAGUAUCGCGUGUGUACCGCCAUCGGCGGCACCAACAAGGACCGAGAAGAAAAGCAAAUUCUUAACAAGUGCGAUGUUCUCAUUGCCACGCCGGGACGACUCAUCGAUCACAUGUCCAAUGAAGAUGUCCUCUGGGCUUUCAGACAAUUAGACACGCUUGUACUAGAUGAAGCUGAUAGGCUGUUGGACAUGGGUUUUAUGCCCGCAUUGCGAGAAAUUGUCAGCAAAUUACCCGACAAGCAGGAGGUCAACCGACAAGGCAUGCUAUUCUCAGCUACUAUUGCCGCCCACGUCAACAAAGUAGCUGGUCUGGUCCUCUCGCCAGGAUACAAAUUCAUCUCUACAAUCCCAGAAGGCGAAGCAAACACGCACGAACGCGUGCCUCAAGUUCUCAUCAAGGUGCCCACCUUCUCAUCCGUCGCCGCAGGCAUGGUCGGCGCCAUAAGAGAAGAGGCCCGUAAACACGAAAACUUCAAGGCCAUUGUCUUUGCCCCCACCGCUGCUCAGGCCGGAUUCUACGGACAUGUCCUUUCUAUGAUCCCUGGACUACCACCCGUGUCUACGCUUCACAGCCGAAUGACGCAGAAUAAACGAACCAAGAUCACGAAUGAUUACCGUGACGCGUCUACAGCUAUCUUGGCAGCUACUGAUGUCAUCGCAAGAGGCAUGGACUUUCCCGGUGUGACAACAGUCUUCCAAAUUGGUAUUCCGUCAGAAAAGCAAAGCUACAUCCACCGCCUGGGCCGUACGGCGCGCGCCAACGCCGAAGGACGCGGUAUUUUCCUCAUUUGCGAGGCUGAAUCCUUCUUCCCGCAGUGGACUCUGAAGCAAAUCACCUUUAUUCCCCAUGAGGCGGAUAUAUCGGCGGCCGACGAGGUUGAGCACAUUCUAGAGACAAUUGACGAGGAGGAAAAGGGACAGAUUUACAAGGCGUGGUUGGGCUACUACAACAAUCAUAUGAAGGGGCUGCGGUGGGAUAAGACGGAGCUUGUGCGACAGGCUAAUAUAUUUGCGCGUGAUGGGCUUGGGACGCCAGAGACGCCUGCUAUCCAGAAAAGUACGGUUGGUAAGAUGGGGUUGAGGGGGACCAAGGGGCUGAAUGUUGUGCCUGACAAGCCUAGAGGGAGAGCAGCCAGGGGCGGGCGAUAG